CUCCCUGGUCAAAAAAUGCGGAUUCUCAUCUUACCGAUGACCGGUGCCCUGUUGUCCGGCAAAUGAAAGGAAAUGAUAUAAAUCAAAUUUAAAUACACAAUCUUCCCUUUUCACUCUUACCACCAACACAUACACAUCACACUUCCACUAAAUACUUAUCCAAGAUGCCGUACAAUCCUCGUAAAGCCUUUGUCGUGGGCGUUGGUAUGACCAAAUUCGAUAAACCACGCGGUGAACGUGAUUAUCCUGAAUUGGCAUUAGAAGCAACCACAAAAGCAUUAUUAGACGCAGAGAUCAAUUAUGAUCAAGUUGAAACUGCCGCCGUUGGUUAUUGCUAUGGUGAUUCAACAUGCGGUCAACGUGCACUUUAUCAAAUGGGAAUGACUGGUAUUCCAAUCGUUAACGUGAACAACAAUUGUUCAACAGGUUCCUCUGCUUUUGUUCAUGCAGUCACAGCAAUCAUGUCAGGUCAAGCUGAUGCCGCUCUCGCUUUAGGUUUCGAAAAGAUGGCUCCUGGUUCUUUGGGAUCCGCAUGGGAUGAUCGUGCUAACCCAAUGGAAGGCACAACCGCUCAAUUGUUUGAAAUCGAAGGUGAAAAAGAAUACAAAGAUGAAGAAUUCGGUCCUUUUAGCGCACGUAUCUUCGCAGCUGCCGGUUUGGAAUACAUGGAAAAGUAUGGUGCCAAACAAGAACAUAUCGCAAAGAUUGCAGCAAAGAAUCAUACUCAUUCUGUCAAGAACCCAUACGCUCAAUUCCGUUUCCCUCAAACUCACGAACAAGUUGCCAAAGCAAGAAAGAUCACACGUGAACUCACAUUACCAAUGUGCUCACCAACUUCUGAUGGUGCAGCAGCAGCCGUUGUUGUAAGUGAAGAAUUCGUUCAAAAGCAUAAUCUGCAAGACCGUGCAAUUGAACUUGUAGGAAUGGGCGUUUCAACGGAUACGCCUAAAUUGUACGAAGAUCGUUCAAGAAUCGAACUGGCUGGAUCAGAUAUGACCCGUCGUGCAUCUUCGAUCGCAUACAAACAAGCUGGUGUUUCACCAAAAGACAUUCAAGUCAUCGAAUUGCACGAUUGCUUUGCACCAAACGAAUUGAUCACGUAUGAAGCUCUUGGCUUGUGCGGAAAGGGAGAAGCACACAAACUUGUCGAUGCAGGUGAUAACACUUAUGGUGGUAAAUGGGUCGUCAAUCCAUCUGGUGGUUUAGAAUCCAAGGGACAUCCUUUGGGUGCAACUGGAUUGGGAAUGAUCUUUUAUCUUACUUUGCAAUUACGUGAAGAAGCAGGUGAUUUGCAAGUUAAGAACGUCAAGAAUGCAAUGAGUCACAAUUUAGGUCUAGGUGGAAGCUGUGUGGUAACAGUUUUACGUAAACCUGGCUUUUACAAAAAAGGAAAGACAACUGCUGAUCGUUUAGGAUACAAUGUCGCAAACGAAGUUCGUACUGUUUCUGAAGCAGAUCUUGCUAAAGUUCGUUCAAAGCACGUUUCCGAUUAUUUGCCACCAGCUUUGCCAGAAUCUAAGCUUUAAAAGAAGGAAGUGUGUUUACAAGAGUGUAUCUUUUUCAUGCUCUAUUUUCAUGCUUAGGAUCGUUUCAUACUAAAAUUUGAUCUUUAUGAUUCUUUAUUACAAUUCAUGCUUUUAUUCCCAUUGAAUGUUGAUGUCCACUACUUGCUCACCAGAUUGGCUUUCCUGGCUUGAUGAUCAAAUUGAGCCGCGGCUGAUCUUAUAUGCAAGAAGCCGUUCGGUACGCUUGAAAGAAUGAACACAAGCGAGCUUUCAAGCUGCUUGAGACUAGAGGAUCAAAGGGGGGGGGGGUGCGUGUGUGCA